AUGCUGAUAGUGGACCACACUGGAGGGUGUGUAACGGUAAAUAUCAACGAGUGUUUGGGCAACAAAGGGUGUCGUGAAGACCAGUACUGUGUCAAUCGUCAUUGUGGCUACUCCUGUCCGGCAUGUACCGCCAUCGCCAACUGUGAGCGGCUGAUCUGCACCACCGCCAGUAACCACCAGUGUAACCGCUGUAACUUCGACAGGGGCGGGCAGGUCAAAGCGUACCAGCAAGUGUCAUCAGGCGGCUACCCAAAUAGAGUCUGUGAACAACGAUGUUCGUGGCGACCCGACAGCAAUUUCUGCUACCCCGGCCGCUGUCCGACAACACCAUCCUCCUGCACAUGCGCACCUGGGUUCGGCGGGAACAACUGUCUCACAAUUUCUUCCCAGUCGACCAUCAUGCAUUGCCUGGCGAAGCUGCAGCGUGUAGUGAACUACACGGAGCGAGACACGCUGGAGGCGGACUGUGGAGCCGUAACAGCGCCCUCUACCGUCUAUGUCGGGAGGCACAACGCCUACAACAGACUCCAGGUGACAUGGGACAGCAGUUGGAUCGGACCGACUGCCGCUGACUGGCCGAGGCAUCAACGCUUGCAGAUAGAUGUGCAAAAGUUAGAUCUUUGACUUUGAGCUGAGCACAGAAGACAUGGAAACAAUCUCAGGACUGAACAAAGAUGCCAGGAUUGUCAAGUUUGGGAUGUGUGAUGACCAUCCACAGUGGCCUUUCAAUGGAGAAUUCUGAGAUUAUUACUAGACGUAUAUUACAUAUGAAUGGAAGGACUUUAUUGCAUUUACAUGUAACAUGUAAAGGAGGAUCAGUCUUUAGAACUCGUGCUGAUUUGGGCAAGAAAAUGUUUUAUUUGUUGUCUGUAAUUUCAAUAAAAAUUGAUGGAAUAAGAGAAUUAAAUC